AUUUGGAGCAGUUCACUUGUGAAUACUUUAUUGUGGACUAUUUGCUUUUUGGUGUUCGCUGGUUCCCUUUUUGUGCAGUGGCGUUGAACUGUUUGUGUGAUUUAUUUAUUUGAUUGAAAGUUCGUAUUGCAUUUUAUGUAAAUAAAUAAAAGAAAAAGAAACAGUGAACUCGCGUAAGAAUUAACUUUUCAUUAAUCAACAUAAAUUGAAGUGCAGCAGCGAAAGGCAUUUAAGCGGUGGAAAAUCAACGGUGUUUUAUAAAGUGAAUUUCGGAGUCACAAGUCAGUUGUGCCAUAGUACAAUAGCACGAAUAAUGAUGUCCAAGAGCCCUUUGGUCCAAACAGCACGUUUGGUGCGUCAUGGCUUCCAAAAACGGUCCGCCUCAACACUCCAUUCCAAAGCCUCACCAGCUGUCUUGCCAGAGAUACAAAGCGAAAUGCCCGACUGUGACUAUCAACCACCCCAAUAUACAGGACUAAGUUACGAGAAAGUAUUGGAGAUACGUCAAAAGCAUAUCACACCCAACAUAGUGCCACAUUUCAAGAAGCCACUGCUGAUACACAGCGGGCACAUGCAGUGGUUGUUCGAUCAUGAGGGUCGUCGUUACCUGGAUAUGUUUGGCGGUAUUGUUACGGUUUCCGUGGGACAUUGUCAUCCCAAAGUCAAUCUCGCUUUGGAGCAACAGAUCAACACACUCUGGCACACGACAAAUAUUUACAUGCACCCGAAAUUACACGAAUAUGCCGAACGUUUGACGGCCAAGUUUCCUGGCGAUCUCAAGACCGUGUGCUUUGUAAACUCGGGCUCGGAAGCGAAUGAUCUUGCAAUGCUCAUCGCACGCAUGCACACAGGCAACCAGGACAUUAUUACAUUCCGCAAUGCUUAUCAUGGCAUGUCACCCUACACGAUGGGAUUGACAGCGCUUUCAACAUGGCGUUUUCCGCUACCUGGCGUCAGCAAUGGUAUACAGCACGUGAUGAACCCCGAUCCAUAUAUGGGCAUUUGGGGCGGUGCAGCAUGUCGCGAUUCACCAAUACAAACUGAUCGUAAGUGCGAAUGCUCACAGGAGACUGGCUGUUUGGCCGGCGCUCGUUAUUAUGAACAACUGGAGGAGGUCUUCAAGUAUUCAUUGCCACGCGGACGUGUGGCAGCCAUGUUUGCCGAGUCCAUACAGGGUGUUGGCGGUACUGUGCAAUAUCCCAAAGGUUAUAUCAAGAAGGCGGCAGAAUUGGUGCGGGCCAACGGCGGCUUGUUUAUUGCCGAUGAGGUGCAAACCGGUUUCGGACGCACCGGUGAACACUUCUGGGGAUUUGAGGGUCACGACUUCAUACCGGACAUAGUUACAAUGGCGAAGGGCAUUGGCAACGGCUUUCCGCUAGCUGCCGUGGUGACUACGCCUAAGAUUGCUGCGGCCUUGGGUCAAGCACUGCAUUUCAAUACCUACGGCGGCAAUCCAAUGGCCAGCGCUGUAGGUAUCUCUGUGUUGGACGUCAUUGAAGAGGAGCAACUGCAGAAGAACUCAUUGGAAGUGGGCACUUACUUCUUGCAGAGCUUGGCGGGUUUGCGUGAUCGCUUUGAAAUGAUUGGUGAUGUGCGUGGUAAAGGGUUGAUGAUUGGCAUUGAAUUAGUGUCAGAACGCGCUACGAAGACGCCGCUCAGCGCGCCGCAUGUAUCGGAAAUCUGGGAGACCUGUAAGGAUAUGGGUGUGCUCUUCGGACGUGGCGGCCUAAAUGGCAAUGUACUCCGUAUUAAACCGCCAAUGUGUAUUACGAAAUCGGAUGUUAAAUUUGCUGUGGAUACUUUAGCGAGCGCCAUGAGCGAAGUUUUGAAUAGGAAUCAAUAGAUGAUGAAUGCUCAAAUCCUUCGAAUGACUAAAUACCCUUUUUGCAUAUAUUUUAUUUUCAAGACUAGUCUUUCGGCAUUUUGGAUGAAAACUAGGCAAUUAAAAGCAUUCAAUUAGUUUACCUGUGUGCUCAUAUAAAGCACUAGUAUUGUUCGAGGUAUUUAACUACUCGUCUGCCGCGCACUAUCGUCCAUCGUUCCUACAGCGCACGUUCGUUACAACCAAGAAACACACAUCCUAAAUGUAGGCUAAUUCGCACAAAGCUUUAGGUGUCAAAUUCUAACAUUUUUCAGCGGUGCUUAACUCUUCAGUUCCUAGUGCCAAGCAGAAGUCACGAGAGUUUAAAUUACUCUUUAAUCCAAAGUGAUGCUAGAGCCACAAAGACGUUGCCGAUGACUUCUAUUCUUCAAUAGAAAACAUCACUAAAUUUUACCUGUUAAAUUCCAAUAAAAAAAAGUGCUGCCCUAAUUUGUUUGAAAGCAUAUUCAAUGUAGUAUAGAGUAAUGCAAUUAUUUAAUUUGGUGAUUUUUCUAUUUUAAUUCAAAAAAAAAUAGUAUUUGCGUGUAAGUAAAAUUUAUACACAAUAGAAGCUAUUUCAUAAAAAAGUUUUCUUAAAAAAUUUAAUUAAAAAAAGAUAUAUAUAACUUAUUUGUUAACUUUUUGGCACAUAUGCACAUAAAUCAACUAAAUUUGGCUUUGGAAUUGGAGAAUUAUAGCCUAGGCAGACGAUGGCGUUCAUUGGAAUUAACGACUUAAUUCGGAAUUAUCUGACAACUAAAUUUAUUGACAACUAAACUUAAUUCUUUUAAUUUAAGCGGAUUAAAGAAUUUUCGAUGGCAACAUUGCCGAAAAAUUACAGUUAAUGUCUAUUGUGAAUGAAAAAUAAUGAAACGUUUAAAGAGAAGAACAAGAAAGACUAUAUACAAUGCAAGUUUGCACUAACACAUUUGAAAUGACAUUGAUUGUUUUGAUAUUUCGGAGCAGUUUGAGAAACUGCAACUAAAGAUUUUUCUGAAAUAAAUAAUUAUUUCUUAGUAUCAGAGCAGCUAAUGCUCGUGUAUUUGUUGCUGCGGUCCAUCUUUUACUCACAACACUAUCCAAUAAGCAAAUCAGCUGUUCACUAUCAACCGUCUGUCAUACUACAAUUUUAAUCAGAAUACACUGCGCCGGUUAUCACGAUUAAUGCCGCCGUCUGUCUACGCUAUUUAGCGCCUGUGUGCGAAGUCUACUUUUAGGUGAUGACUUUUAUGUCACAACCUUUUCAUUUAUUCUAUUUCGAAAGUAUAUAAGUCUUUGAAGUGUUCAAUUUUAUUUUUAUCAACUUGCAUUUAUAGUUUUUAAGGCUUUCUAUUUCGCUUGCAUAUCUAUUUUACAAAAUACUUAGUUGAAAUAUUAGGUUUUAUAGAUACAUACAUUAAAAGUAAGAUUUAGGUCAGAAAUUAAAAUGAAAAUAAAAGAAAUGUUGAAGUGUUCAAUUUUAUUUUUACCAACCUGCAUUUAUAGUUUUUAAUGCUUUCUACGCCACUUACAUAUACAUAUAUAUUUUAUAAAAAUUUGGUGGAAAUAUUGGAUUUUAUGCAUAAAACGUGAGCUUCACAAAUUAAUGGGACUUGUGCAUUAAAGGCGAGUUUUUGCUUAUCAUUUUUUACGCAUAAAAAUCAUCUAAGUCGAUCUCAAACAUUUGCAUUUACAUUCAACCUCCAACUGUGGGAUCGAGCUACUACUCACGCUUUAUGUAAACGACCCAUUUAUUUUGUAAUAUGUUAUAAGAAAUGUUAUAGAAAUAUCUUCAUAUGUUAAUGUUGUAUUAUUGGUUUUGAAAAGGUGUUUUAUUAAAAAA